AUGAAUGCAAGUUACAAUUUGAAUAAAAAUACUUCAAUAUUUGUUUCAGAUGUCCACAACGUAGUCAGCCCAUUACUAGCGGCGUUACCUCCGCAGCUGCACUGCCUACCGCCUUAUUGUCACCAUCUGUCUCCUAGGAGCACUACAUUACUCCCAUCACCGACAUCGGAGCUGGAAAUCCGAAGACGCGGCGAGAAAAGACCGAUACCACCAGAGCUGAAAGAUGAGAAGUACUUCGAGAGGAGACGGCGCAACAACCAGGCUGCUAAGAAGUCCAGGGACGCGAGACGGAUUCGGGAAGACCAGAUAGCAUGGCGCGCCUGCCUCCUAGAGCAGGAGAACGCGUCCCUCCGGGCCCACGUGGCGGCUCUGAGGCAGGAGACCCUCGCUCUACGCUCCCUGCUCGCCGCUAGAGACGAACCACCGGCACCUGCGCCCUCGUCCACCACUCCGGAUUAA